AUGUAUAAUACUUCCUUCUAUCUUAUAUCCCCUCAACCAACCUAUAUUAGAUAUAUACAACCACCAGUUAAAAUGAUUAUUAAGCCAUAAAAUAUCCAAAUAAAACAUUCUGUACUUUCAUAAAAUCUAUUACAAUAGCCAAUAUCCACAACUCGAAUAUAUCAUACUUAACCAAUAAUCCCUAUUCGACAUGGAAAUUCUAUUCAUCAAUCUUAUACAACUAGAACAAUUGUACCUACAUCUUAAUAAAUGGUAUUAAAUAAUACCUCCUAUUAACAAUAACAGAAUUUUAGAUCUUCCAUUCCAUAUCAAAUAUAAUAAUAACCAAUUUCAAAAUCCUUUCAUUAAUAAUAACCAGUUACUCCAUAAGUUUAAUCUAAUUAAUCCAAACCACCUCCAUAAUCUAUAUCUAAUUAUCAAACAACUCCAUAAUAUUAACAUAAACCAUAAUACUCUCAACCUCCAAUUCUAUCUUAAUAGGAUGAUGAUCUAGAAAAGAAGUUCCAAGAUGCAAUCGAUAAAACUAAGGAUUUGGUAUAGAAGUAUAAUAAACCAUAACAAAUAUAAGAAGAACAAAAGUAACUUUAAGAUUUAGCCUUAUAAUAUGAAGAUGGAUACAUUUAUAGAGGAUAAGGAUAUGAGCCAGUCACAAGAGAAGGAUUUGGAGUAUUGACAGAUUAAAAUGACAAUGAAGUAUAUAGUGGAUAUUGGUUAGACAAUCAAUAUCAUGGAUAAGGAAAACUUAUCAACUAUUGUGCAGAAGAAAUAAAUGAUCCUUUUGAUUAUAGAGAUCUUAGUUUAAUAGGGAAUGGUUGGUUAAGUUAUGAAGGAGAGUUCUUUUAAGGGAAGAUGCAAGGAAAUGGUACAUUGUAUCUAACCAAUGGAGAAUGUUAUGAAGGGUAAUUUAAUGAUGGUAUGAUUGAGGGGAAAGGAGUGUUUAUGACAUAAGAUGGAUAAUAAAUUGAUGGAAUUUGGAGAGAAGGUGUAUUAGAACAUUGA